CCCACUCGAACUCCUCCACGAGAUCCUUCUCGACCUCGACCUAGCCAGCUUAGGGAUGCUCCGGCUAGUAGACACAGCAUCCAACCAUCUCGUCGAAUCACUCCCCGCAUACUCACUGCUGAAGACUCACGCCUACGAAGCCCUCCACGCCCUGCACGUUACGGGAAGCUCAUCCUACAUCCGCAUCCGAAACCUCUUCGCCGAGUUCUGCCAACCCCGAUGCAGAACCUGUCCCGAUUUCGGCCCCUUCCUAUACCUCCCCUCCAUGAUCCGUUGUUGUUAUAAAUGCAACUUCAUCCGACCGGUCUUCGAGCUCGCCCGAGUAUCUGACCUCCGCUUCCGCUUCGGCCUGAGCCCAGCAGACCUAAAACCUGUCCCCAUCCUCCACAGCAUUCUGCAGCCCCAAAUCCGUCUCGCCCGGAUCAAACAAGCCAAAGACAUUGGAAGACGGCUGUACGGAACUCCCAAGGCCAUGGAGGCCGCCUACCAAGCACGCGUGCAAGAACACCAAGAGAAAUACAACCGUCGGAUCCACCAAUGGGAACAAACCCAGCUCCUGGGCGAGGAAACCCCCCGGCCACGGUACCGAGCCGUCCGUGAGAAACUAGGCCAUGAACGAGAUCGCACCACGUUGAAAAUGCACGCCACGACGCCGUUCCCCUAUUGGGAUCGCGAAACCCGGACCCUGGAACCGGGGACGUAUUGUCGGGCGUGCACGUAUCACUGGGAAGAGAAGAUCGCGGAUGAUUGGAGACGUCCCGAGACGAUGUGGCAUAUUCAUCCGCCUGGUCGGGAGGCUUGUUAUCGGGCUUUUUUGGAGGCGGAGUUGCCGGAGCAUUUUCGUGAGUGUGCGGCUGUCAAGGCGAAUUAUAACCUUCGAAGGAAGAAGGUGAGGGCCCGCGAUCGUGAGAGGGGACGGGUGACUUUUAUUGUGCGGCUUGAUGACACUGGGGUGAGUUGA